GAAUUUGGAAAUUUUGACAUCUUUCAUCACCCCAAUAUUUACGCGUUCUCAUCUGGUGUUUGAGACUCGAGAACAUCACUCAAGUCCACGAUAUCACGUGCCAUCUUGAACAAACGCUAACCACAUUUAAUCCGACCUCAAAUUCUAUCGACGGCGACCCUAGCGACAAAACAGCAGCAAUCCACCCACCAUGUUGUCCACCGCUCGAUCUAAGGGCAUAAGCCAGGUCCUCACAUCCGCUCCCUCCGUGUCAAUCCCUUCAUUCCUCCUCCCCGCAUUCCCAAUCGCCUCACGAUCCUUUUCCGCAUCAACAUGUCGAAACUCCCAUAUUGGAAGCGCAGUAUUAUCCAUUCCUCCAGAAGUAACUUUUAAAGUUAUACCCCCUCCCCCGCCGGCGAGAGGUUCUGCGGUUGCUGGGAGACCGGUGGUCAAAAUUGAGGGGCCAUUGGGGAAAAUGUCCAUGUCAAUCGAACCAUUUAUUAAAAUCGAACACGAUGAGAACACACGGAAAGCAACUGUCAGAGUGGAGGAUAGAGAAGUGAAGAACCAAAGAGCGAUGUGGGGAACCACCCGCGCCUACCUCCAAAAUCAUAUACUCGGUGUCUCCGAGGGUCACAAUGCUAUUCUCCGCCUUGUCGGCGUUGGAUAUCGUGCCACAGUCGAACCCGCUUCGAACGUGACAACCAAAACUCCCGAAUUCGAAGGUCAACAAUUUGUUGUCCUGAAAGUAGGAUACUCUCAUCCCAUCGAAUUACCCGUUCCAAGAUUCGUGAAAGCGAGUACACCACAACCUACACGUAUAUUGUUAGAAGGGCCAGAGAAGGAAGUUGUGUUGCUCUUUGCGGCGCAAAUUAGAAAGUGGAGAGUUCCAGAACCAUAUAAAGGAAAGGGAAUCUUUGUUAAUGGGGAAGAGAUUAAGUUGAAGAAUAAGAAGAUCAAGUAGGGGUUGAAUAUGAGGAUCAUCAUCAGUAAGGAGAUAAUGCCACUUCUAGAUCUCGUAGAUGUAUCUGUUAAAAUGAUGUACAAGCGUGUAGAAAGUAUCAUCGCUAUCAUUCAUGAUGAAUAUAAAAAUAUAUGUACA